AUGUCGACCAACCCCACAUCGGGCAGCAGCUCCAACCCGCCUCCUCAAACAGCCGAUACGGCUGGACCAUCCACCGUUCCUGCCACGACAGCCGGCACAGCCACAGCGACAGCAACAGCAACAGGGGCAACGGCAGCGACGGCGCCAGUCAUGGGCGACAUUACUUCGCCGCACCAGCUCGUCGAUUGGGUCGAUACGCUCCUCGUACAACUCGAGAACCGCUGCGACGAUAUGAGCGCCCAGGUCGGCGCUAGGAUGACUGAAAUGUCGAGCCGGAUCGAUGCACUCGAGAACAGCAUACAGGACCUCAUCAGCGGUACCAUGGCACCCGUCACCGCCCAAGUCACUGGCGCAUCCACCACCGCAGACGACUGA